AGAUUUCUGGAGAACAACAACAUUUCCAGUGUGGAACCAGGAGCCUUUCAGAGUUUUAGUAGAUCCAGGUUGUUUUCUUACUUGUAAGUAUUUAGUUUUCUUUAGCUUGCUGUUAAUGUGCCACAUGUUCAUCUAAUUUCCGUGUCUUAAUAGUGUUUUGAAACCGAUUCGAAUUAGUCGAUUAUUGAUAUUAUAGAUAUCAACCUUGUUACGCAUAGAUAUAUCAUGUAAGCUAUAAUUGAUGAAGGUACACCUUAUCUCACCCUUCUCGGGACAAUACAAGGGAGACACGAAACGAACUUGGCAACUGCGAUGAAAAUCGGAACAAAUUUAGUAUAGAUGAACAGUUCUAUAAUCAUGCUAGCGAAGUAACGUAAAACUGUUUUAGCAAAACAUUAGGGAGCUCAAGCAAAGACGUUUUCGAACGACGCAUGUCAACCGGAAGUGGACCUCUUACAUUUUUGGGCAGUGAUUUUGCCCAAACUUUCGGCCAAAUUGUCUCUACAAGAAUAAAGAGACUUACCAAUAAAAAUUUGGUAGCGUCAAGGCAUACUCAAGGAGAGAAGGCCUCACUCUCUGUAGACGUGCAACGCCCCAAAACGCCUGUGCUAAAGUUCCCUAUUAACAGUUUGAAGGAGUCAAGUAGCCAUAAUCUGUUUCAAGGUCUGCCAAAUUAGUCUCGAACGUUGAGACAGCUUUCCUUCUCUUUCCACUAUCCGUUUCAGGAUCUGUGGUAGACGGUCUAGAUAAGGUGGAACUCUUUGCCUGGCCAUUUACUUCAACUGAGGUAGAAACUGUACUCGGCAUGUGUGACGGUUCCUUUCCUCUUUAGAUAUCUUCGGAUGAUGGCAGUAUUCCUCUAUAACUGAACAUUCUGAGAAGACCUCACAUUAAUGCUGUUGCCAUUACUGUCUAGUGACAAUGUCAUACGGUCCCAGUGCAAAUGUUGCUGACAACUUUUUUUUCUUGUUUCCCUCGUUUUAAAGGACUCUUUCACCUGUAACCAGAUCUGAAUAUUCGGUAUGGCUUCUCUUGUCUGCAAAUAGGUUAAUCCGGAUUUUCCUCUAGAAGUUCAGCUGCACCCACUCUGGUGGUACUGUGAAGAGUCCAUCUGUAUUCUAUCAAUUAUUAAUGAACUUCUUUCUCUCACUGUUAGCCUUCAGCUUGCGCAAAUCGCAUUGUUUGGAUAGGACUUGUUCUGAAUUUCCGUCCGGUUUUUUUGUCCUGGGCAGGAUGGUGGCUUAUACCAGAGCCGGACUAACAAUCAGGGUCUGGUAAAGUCAUAUUGUCUAUGAUUUCAGACCUUGUCUCAGAUGAUCGCGUCGUCCGUCUUGUCUCCAUCCUUCGUUCAUUAGUCAAAUCGAAGCAAACAUGAAAGAACACACCGCUGUUCGAAAAUGACACAUGAAGUAGUUAUGGGGUCUUCCUAUAAGGCUGGUUUGGUGAAUUAAACAUAGAUAAGAAGGGCUUCGUUUCAUUUAAGUUACUGCUUUUUUCUCAGUUAAUUUUUCCAUUACAAGCCGGAUAUCAUGGUGCCAAAAUUUAAUUGUUGCUAAAAGAAUCUCUAGGUAGCAGAAGUCUUCAAGGAGGGCAUUUCAGAGAAGCUACCGUCGCUAUUGUGACAUUUUGUCAAUCGUAAAUCGUGCACGUGGAAAGCCGUCACAUCAGAACUGUGAGUAUUUGUUUUUUUCGACCUGCCUUUGUAUCAAAUACCGCCGCUAGCGCCUAUGAACGUAAAAGAUGACAACAAACUUGAAAAUGUUCAAAGAAGCUUGGUGUUAUUUUGUAACUGCUACGGAACUCAACAAGAAACGUAAAGAAAGACAGGCAGGAACCUUAUGCAGAGUUAUGGGAAUAAACUGAGUCAAAGUAAUGAAUAGCCUUAAUACACCAAUCGGACCUGACUAGAAAGACUCAGAAAACACUCUGUCUCUCUUGGAGUCAGUGGGUUCACAAACGUCAGUUCGAGGACACUGCCGAUUCUCCGAACACUGCUCAUACAGCAUGCAGAAAAGAAUCAUCCAGCAAAACAGAAAAGUAAACGAAAUAAUAUUCAUUGGUAGCAGCGGAAACCCAAGAGGUCGUAGCAAAUGUAGAAAAACCAACAGGUCUGUGCAAGUAUUGAGACACUGAAAACCAGUGAAGUGUCGUGAAAAGAAGCAGCCAUGAAGUAAACCAGCCAAUAAAGUUUAUCACAUAAGUGGAGAUCAACAGAGAUAUGCAGAUGAUAGUGAAUAAUCGGACGACUUAUCUUCAUUAUUGAGAGAGUAGGAGUUGUCACUGGUAAUGUAGGUAGAUCCACUUUUAUGGUACCCUUAACUUUUCUCACUGAAUACAGUCGUACAGUUACAACUCAGCUGGAUGAUACUAGAGCGACAUGCAGUACAAUGUCCUGUGCAGAUUUUUUGAAUAUUUUCCAGCAAAGUUCACUUGGCUCCCUAUGGAGGUAAGAUAAGGCUUGAUGACGGCAUUGUGGUCACUCAACUGGGCUCCUACUCAUUUACAGUUAACCGACAAAGUAGCUCAAAGUGCAAGAUAAAAUUUGACAUUCUGGAGAAUGCACCGUUGCCCAUCAUAGAUUGCAGAACAUGCAUUGUGCGAUGUUGCAUAGCCUUAAGAGCAGGAGAGCCUGUUCACUUAUUAAUGGCAAGCAUUAUGAACCGCUCACUAUAGAUGAAAUAUUGAAGUAAUAUGAAGAUGUGUUCACAGAACUUGGUUGCCUUCCAGUAGGAUAUCACAUUGAAGUAGAUCCAGCCAUCAAGCCAUCAGAUGUCACUGGUAAACCAUGAAUCAUCUCCUGGCUCUCAGUGAUCUUCUCAGAUGUUCUGGUUCACAUAAUCGUAAAUUCAUAAUAUCUGCUGAAGUAGUCAACCAAGAUCGACUAAAAUCUGUCUUGUUCUUAUCUCAGCCAGCCGCUUGCGUGCUUGGGUUUCGCGUUCAGUAACUUUGCAAAGAAAAAAAAGAGACCGAGACUGCUCGCAGUCUAAAAGCUGCCAAAGAUGUCGAGCUUUUCCUUGAUUUUCGUCUAUUCGUGUGGCUCUGAGAAGAGAAGAAAGACCGCUCCCCUUCUAAUCGCCUCCUUAUUUCUUAUCUUAUCUCCAAGCAAGCGAGACUCAAUGCUGCUUCUAACAGCGUUCUUGUUCUACUAAUGAUGCUACAAACAGAGUUUCAGACAAUCUAAAGCGUUUUUAAUGGGGUCAGUAGUAUUGUUCCAAGCAUUGAAACAGUAGAAUAGUUUGCCGGGGCGUUUAUUAAACAGUUAAAGCUUUUUGAUCACAAACAUGCUUUACUUGAUUUAUCUGUCCCCGGUGCGACAUGAAGGUGAAAACUAUCGACAUAGGCGUGGUUUUUUGGUUUUGAUAAGAGAAAUACUCCUAGAUCUAACAGUGUUUCAACAGGUGAGAUACUUUCCCAGCAUACUUAGACUAUUCCAAUUUUUAGAUGUCUUUGAUUCAGUUUUGUCUGGGUUAAUAAAGCAAUAGAGUUUUUGUACGCGGGCUAACAUAUGUUUCUAGCUCUUGCUCAGGGGAUCAAGAAUUUACAAAUUGUUUGUUAUUUUCUGUGUUUUUCAGCCACGAUUUAAACUUUGAAAAUAGCAGCGUGAUUUCCUUGAUAAAAAAGGCAAGAAAACGGCGGCGCAAACAAUGGCUUCUCGAUUUUGAUUAGCCGCUUGCAUCUUAUGACUGUUUGAUUCCCUCCUUUCAUCGGUUUAUUUCAGAAGACUAAAAUAUAUCUUAGCCCGCAAAAUGCGCCAAAAUGCCCGACAAAGUGAUCCUAAUAAGUAAAUUAUUGCACGUCCAGCGACAGGUUCAGCCUCAGCCUUGAUGUAACAUAGAUAUGGAAUUUGGCCUGUCCUGAAGGCUAAAUGUAGGCAACAAUUGAGUGUCAUGCAGGUAAUUCUGCGGGAACAAGUGCCUGGGCACGUUGGGAGAUGUUCCUUAAAUACAUACUGAAACAACAGUGGCCCUAACUAUACUUCUUUGGGGUACUCCGCUGGUCAUGGGUAAACUAUCUGAAAUGACGAUGUUGAUUUUGGACUUGAUUGCCCGCCAGAAGGCAGCUGCGAAACCACUCGAUUUGCAUAAGAUGACAAUCUAACGUCGUGGAAAAUGCUGUAGAAUACAUUACUCAUGUUAAGCAGCACUAUGGCACGAAGCUGUUUCCGAUAUACAGCCUUAACAACAGCGUCAGUUGAUUGAAUGAUGAAUUUAUCGCAAGCAUCCUGACAAUUCUGCUUCGGGGGGGCACAACACGUGGUCUGUUGCCCCCUCUAGUGAUGAAGUAAAAUUGAUCCUUGUUGGUGAUGUCUCUGUUGAUUUAUUCCAGUUCCUUUUAGAACUCUUUCUUUACGUCGGAAGUGGGGGACAGUGCUGAUUCAUACUUGCUAACAAGCAUGACAGGACCGUAUGUGUUGCUGCCGCGGAAAGCAAGGAGUCAUUUAUAGCUAGUAGCUUGGCUAUUCCUCUCUACAGAACCUUCUCCAUGCUCUGGACUCCCUGCCCAUAUAGUCAGUUAUUUUCCUUCAGUGUGUGUGUGUCUGCCAUCACAUCCGUAUUUCCUGAAGGGUAGCUAUUCCCACGGAGCACCUGUUUUGUUACAGUUGGUUUCUAGUGUCGCUGAUUUCCUAAUGGUUUCAGAAAAAAAACGUUCAUAAUUGUCCAGACGUUCCAUUAUAUCCGUCUUAGAGCUAUGACUUCUUCUGUUGCCUGUUUUGAUGGUUACAGUCUCUUGAUCCCAAUGAAAGUUACUUUGAAGAUUACUUUGGCGGGAGAGCAACUUUCUGGCUUUUCCACGGUCGAGAAAACCUUCAGACACCGUGCCUUACGCCAAUCGAAAACAGGAAACCUCCAAGUUGUUGGCGGUGAAUAGAACCAAACGAACAAUAGGAUUAUCACAGUUUGGCAUCAAAGCCUUUGCUGGUGUUGCUAGAACCAUAUCGUAGACAAUGAUGUACCGAAAGAUAAGAGAGGUUUUAAACAAGGGUUUCUUACCCCUAGUUGGACCGUGCCCUUCCCGGCCUGACGAGCCCUAUCCACCCAAAGCAGAGGGUUUUAAGGAGCUAGUGACCUGCCCUCGCUACCUCUCCAGUCAGUAGAAAUAACUGCAACAAGCUAUAAAGCCACUUAGCAAUGCUAGUAGCUGGACACAGUUUUCAGAGGUUGUUGGAGACGCUCCCUCAGUGUAUUCAGAACACUUUUCUGAAUAGUUCCGGAGCUUGCCCCCACUGCGACCCACGAGUACAACAACCUUGAAACUAGCGUGAUACUGAAUGAAAUAUAUAGGAAUAUGUAGUCAUGGAAUAAAGCCAGUAUACACAGUUUAAAGUAUACAGUUGUGUAACAGGUUUUUGGAGGCAGCUGUCUUGCCUAGUAUCGUCUUCUGGAGUCGACGUAGUACGUGCUUUUGGAAGCAAAACACGAGCUUCCUUUUCAGAAGUGUCUCAAUUUGCCGCAAAACCCCCAUUCAAGAUCCUUGAAUACUUGUACAUAGCCGCUUAUAAGGCCUGGGCUCUUAAAUCUCCACAAAGGGCCAGGAAAGUUUAUAAACGGAGGGUCUUAUAUCAGUCCGGGGGCCUAAAACUGGAAUUGGAAAAGCGCUUCGAAGCGGUGCUAAUCAAAAUACGAUUUUCAUUCAUAAUAUUUAUUAUAUUUCGACUUCAUUUAAAAACAAGUUAGAGGAAGGCUUAUAUCCAAGGGCUUCCUAAUCGCGGACGUAGUUUUUGUUUUUGCUAGAUAGACCUAUAAAAGGGGGAGAGGCUUAUUAGUGGGGGACUUAUAAACAGCAUUUUACGGUGUUCUGACUGAAUUCUUUUUAUUUAGCUCUUUGUAAUUGUGUAUGAUAAUGGAUGAUAGCGAGGUCAAACAUCAAUAAAACGGACUUAAACUCCAAGGAAAAAGUUGAACCAAGACAUAUACAAACUGCACUGUGGGAUCUAUUUGCUGACGUCUGACGGUCACAAAAUACGUUUACGAUUACUUUUCUUUUAAAUGAAAUGUAGGUCGAUCAGUGGAAACAAGUUGACGAUUCUUAGAAACAAGACGUUUUCUGGCCUUAACUAUUUACAAAAACUGUGAGUGAUAUUUAUCUAAAUUUUGUUUGGAUUUUUUUUUAAAAGCUUAUCAUUUCCUUGAUAAUAUAAGUUACACCGAUCUGUGGUGUGAAGGGAGUUGGCCACUAAAGCUUUCAAUAGCACGAGCUAAAAUCAAUAAUAUUAAGUAAUUCCGGGUUAUUACGGCGUGGGAAGUGCGUCAAUGAGUACUUUGUUGAGAAAACGGAGAAGAAACAAAUACUCCAUCAGCUAGGGGGGUUGUAUGGCUCACUUAAGAGGAACACACAAAACUUGUAUAAAGUUAAUCUUUGAGUAAAAAGCAUAAAAGAAAUGCAUGAUAGCAAGGAUAGAACGGUAGCUUUCACUUUGCAAAUCGAAUUUUAAAUCUGGUUGCUAUCUUGAAUUAUAAAUAAACCAUUGAUUCCCUCUUAAAAACACACGAUUUUUUGUUUUGAAGUUUAUUUGAACUACUAGGUAUCCGAGAUAUUAUUUUAGUCAAGAAAAAGUAGUCAAGAUAUGAUGACGUCGUAUAUGACGUCACAGUGACCGCCAUAUUGCUUUUAGCAUUAGUGUCUCAACCUCUAUCUCAAUCAUCUCAAUAAUAAAAUUACCAGGCCCGCUAAAUUACAAUGCUAGAAGAACAUGUUUAGAGCUAUUGAAAGGGCUUUUUCUACAGGCCUCUUCGUGGCUGAACUGUACCUCAGGAACAGUCUUACUGAGUGGCUUCGAGCUUCGCUAUGAUGAAACUGUCCGUGAAGUGCCAUCCGAGCAAAAAAUAGCGAUCCAUACCAAGAGGAGGUACUAGAUCCUUGUUGCGAACCUUAAGCACAGCUUUCAGCUUGGCUUUCCGUCACUGAAUCGAAGUAAUCUGAAGUGGGCUUGGAUGAGCUAAGGCUCAUUACAAAGUCAUUCGCUUGCUACUUUCAAUUCCUCGUGGAGGGCAGUCAGUCAUCACUUAAUUCUGUGUUAACAAGCUUAGUGAGUUGCAAAUCUCUCUCGUUGGUGAAAUUAGACAGUUCGGCCUUUACAUUAAUUUAAGCGCUAGAACAAACAGAAGUCACGUUUUUAAUUUCAAUAUGUUUUAAAUUUACCUUUCAAACGCGAUUUGCGAGCAACUUUUGUAGCCUUUCCCAAAAUCCAAGAUUUUUCGGCCAAAAGGAUAUUAUGAGGGGCAAAUUCAAGAUUUCGAUUUACAGAGUGAAAGCUACCGUUUUAUCCUUGACUGGAUAUCAUGCAUUAUUUUAAUGCUUUUUAGUCAAAGAUUAAGAUUAGACAUGUUUCGGUGUUCCCCUUAAGUGAGCCAUAAACCCAAAUUUUCGGAUCUCAGCUGAUGGACUAAAAGGAAGAUAAAAUGUGAACCGAGGAAACAGUUGAUCAACAAUUCAAUAAUUGAAUUCGAAGCCCAUUUAAAAUACAUAUUCCAAAUUUCACAGGCUAGAUUCUUACCUAGGUGGGGGAAGGAUUGGUUGCCAUGUAGUAAGACAGGUUAACAAGCAUUCUAAACGGGAAACGAACCAAGCAAUAAUUCUUACUUGAGUCGAACCAAAUGUUACUGAACAAAAGUUAUCGUUUUCGUUCAUAAGCAUUAGGUUUGGCUCAUGUGAACUAUGGCAUUUGAAACAAGCCUUAGAGAUUGCAAAAUUUUGACCAAUGUUAUUUUUUUGCACAGUUACGUGGAUAACAACAACAUUCACCAUAUUGACGCUACUGCAUUUUACCGAAUGGGAAAACUCAGAUACUUGUAA